CAUCCGGCCUCGAGGCCGCUGCUCCUUGCCCUGCCGCAAACCACCACCACAAACACCCAUCGCAGCGCUCCAGCAGAUCGUCUUGUCCGUGUGCGCCGCCCUGGUAAUGUCCGAGCAGACGAAGCAUACGCCCCUGUCGCUCCUCACGCCCUACUCUGCCGAUAUCUCGGUGCGAUUCAAGGUCGUCGAUUUGCUUGUCCAAGUCAAGCUGCCAGCACACACCCCCAAGCAGCACCGAGUCGCCGAGUUCCUGGUCGGCGAUGAAAGUGGCAUCGCCAUUGUGCAAGCCAAAGAUGACCAGAUCGACCGUCUCGUUGUUGGCGAGACCUUUGUGAUGAGCCAUGCUCGAGCCAAAAUGUACGACGGAUACCUGCGACUUGUGUCAGAUCCCUUCCAAGUCGAAAGUAUUGCCCUCGAGACACCACUUGAGAUCCAGACCCAGACCGACGCCAGCAGUGUGCUUUGGGAGUACGGCACGCCGAUCCAAUAGGCCGCAUAUCGAGGCGAUGCAUCAGGUCGAGGCGGAUCAUGUUCGAGAGGACGCAAUCGUUGCAAUACAGCAUUUGAGGACUGCGGUA